CUUCUUAUCAACAAACAACAACCAAAAGAUGGCUUUCACAGAAAUUUCCUUGGUCCUUUUCCUUUGCCUCUUAGGUCCUUGUAGGGGUGCUGGUACCCCAACCCCAAGCGGUGACGGAUGGGUCCGUAACACUGUGACACAAGAGUUCUUUAACAACAUUAUCAACCAAGCGGGCAAUGGCUGCACAGGGAAAAAGUUCUACACCCGCAACUCUUUCAUUGCUGCUGCUGAUAGUUUCCCCGACUUUACUACUUCUGUUACAAAACGUGAAAUUGCUGCCAUGUUUGCUCAUUUCACUCACGAGACCGGACACUUCUGCUACAUAAAAAGAAGAUACCGACAGUCACGGCCUUACUGCAACCAUCCUGCAGAACAAAUAGAUUGUAUAACGCCGCCGCCGGGAAAAGGCUACUGCAAACAUCCAGAAAAUUAUCCAGACUGUGCAUCGCCGCCGGCGGGAAAAGGCUACUUCGGUGGUGGUCAGAGUCUUAGGUCCGCAUACAGAAGAUUCCCACCGAGAAGGCCCUACUGCAACCAUCCCGCAGAGCAAAGAGACUGUAUACCGCCGCCGGAGGGCAAAGGCUACUUCCGUCUUGGUCAGAGUUUCAGUCUUCACUUUCUACGCCAGUCUGAGCUUGUGGCUAGCAACCCAACUGUAACUUUCCAGACGGGUUUGCGGCUUUGGAUCAAGAACGUAAGGCCGGUGCUGAACCAAGGGUUUGGAGCCACCAUAAGAGCCAUCAGUGGAAUGGAAUGUAACGGUGGGAAUUCACGUGCGGUCGACGCAAGGAUUGGCUACUACAGAGCCUAUUGUGGAAAGCUUGGUGUGGAUCCUGGUCCUAACCUUAGUUGCUAAAAAGUACUUCAAAACGCAAACACACAUACACGUGACGUGGUACGUGAUAACGCUGAUUGCGAAGUGUGAUAUAUAUAUAUAUAUAUAUAUAUAUAUAAUAGUAAUGUUAAAUUGCAUAAGAAGAGAAUUGGUCUUCCUUAUGUCUACGGAUGGACCAUCUUUUCCAUUUCCUAUUUUCCCAUGUUUGUAUGAGCUACGUCUCCACUCUUUGCUUCUUGUUGUAAUAAGUGUAUUUAUUUUAAACCAAUGAAAAAAUCUAGCUAUGAUACAAAAUUAAA